AGCUAUGGCCUCCCUGCUGGCCAAAGACGCCUACCUGCAGAGCCUGGCCAGGAAAAUCUGCUCCCAGCCCGGCCCAGAAUCGCAGAAGCGCCAAUGGGCAGGCAAAACUAAAGGCUCAGAAGCUGCUGGACACCCAAAAAAGAAGAGGAAGAAGACACCAAAGAAAUUCCAGAAGCAGGAAGAGAAGGCUGCUGAUACCAAGGCCAAGUCCCUGGGGAAGAAGUCUCUAGGGAGUUCUGGGGAUAGAAGGCCAGAGGAAGCCAAAGAGAAGGAGCUUUCCAGCUCCACAGUGGCCCCUGCAGAUGGCCUGGCCACAGGGCCCGAUUCUCUUUUUGCCCUGGAUGUUCUUCGACAGCGACUACAUGAGAGGAUCCAGGAGGCCCGGGGCCAGAGCAAGGAGCUGUCCCCUGCCACUUUGGAGAAAAGACGCAGGAGAAAGCUGGAGCGAGACCGGAAGAAGAGGAAGCGAAAGGAGCUGCGGGCCAAGGAGAAGGCAACCAAGGCCGAGGAGGCUGCUGAGCCAGCCCCAGAGGCAGCCUGCGAUAAGCCCGUGGAGCCAGUGGGCCUGAUCUUCAACAAGGUGGAGGUGGGUGAGGACGAACCGGCCAGCAAGGCACAGCGGAGGAAGGAGAAGAGGCAGAAAGUGAAGGGGAACCUCACUCCGUUGACAGGCAGAAACUACCGGCAGCUGCUAGAGCGUUUGCAGACACGGCAGAGCCGGCUGGAGGAGCUGCGGGACCAGGACGAGGGGAAGGCGCGCGAGCUGGAGGCCAAGAUGGGCUGGACCAAUCUGCUGUACAAGGCCGAGGGCGUGCGCAUUCGAGACGAUGAGCGCCUGCUACAGGAGGCCCUGCGGCGCAAGGAGAAGCGCAAGGCACAGCGGCAGCGCCGGUGGGAGAAGCGCACGGCGCACGUGGUGGAGAAGAUGCAGCAGCGCCAGGACCAGCGGCGCCAGAACCUGCGCAAGAAGAAGGCGGCCCGGGCAGAGCGCCGCCUGCACAAGGCCCGCAAGAAGGGCCGGAUCCUGCCGCAGGACCUAGAGCGGGCUGGCCUCGCCUGAGCGCCUUCCCCACCAUGGCUUUCCUGCACCUGCCCAGUGGUGUGAGGCCAGUGUGUCCCGUCACUCUGGCUCCUGGGCUUCUCCUUGUGGAGUGGGCGCCGUUGAGCUUAUCUCUUGAAUUGAGGGCUUAGAUCAUGCCUGCAAAAUAAAAGGUCCGGGUUGGCAUAGUGGCUCACACCUGUAAUCCAGCACUCUGGGAGGCUGAGGCUG